CAAACAGCACAAGACUGGCUUUAAAACUGAGAUUUUUUAAACUAAGAAAUGUUGGGUGGUUUUUAUUUGCUUUCUGGGUUUUGAUCCUUUUUGUCUUUCCACUGUAAAUCACUCAAUCCCACCUUUGUGGGUCAGAUGUCCAGAUAUGUGUGUUCAACUUUUCGCUGCAACCACCCGAGCUAGAAACUUACUUUUAAAAAAUGCAAGCUGAGAUUCUCACCUAAUUUCUUGACUAAAGGAGCUGGGGCUUUUAGAAAAAUUGCACAUACCACAACAGUUAAUAACAUAGGUCUUGCCCCAUCUCCAGAUGCUUCACAGGGAAUGAAUAGAACAGGAUAACUUUGAGUGAUCCAUCCCCUCUCAUCCAGUCCCAGCUUCUAGCAGUUGGAGGUUUAGGGAUACCCGGAGCAUGGGGUCACAUCCCUGACCAUCUUGGCUAAUAGCCAUUGAUGGACCUAACCUCCAUGAACUUAUCUAAUUAUUUUUUUAACCCAGCUAUACUUUUGGCCUUCAUAACAUCCCCUGACAAUGAGUUCCACAAGUUGACUGUCUGUUAUAUGAAGAAGUACUUCCUUUUGUUUGUUUUAAACCUGCUGCCUAUUAAUUUCAUUGAGUGACCCCUGGUUCUUGUGUCAUGAGAAGGGGUAAAUAACCUCUCUUCAUGGUGAAAACUGACCAUUUAUUCCUACCCUUUGUUUCCUAUCUUUUAACCAGUUACUGAUCCAUUAGAGGAUCUUUCCUCUUAUCCCAUGACUGUUUAGUUUGCUUAAGAGCCUUUGGUGAGGGAUUUUGUCAAAGGCUUUCUGAAAGUCCAAGUACACUGUAUCCACUGGAUCAGCUUUGUUCACAUAUUUAUUGACCCCCUCAAAGAAUUCUAAUAGAUGGGUGAGGCAUGAUUUCCAUUUACAAAAGCCAUGUUGACUUUUCCCCAUCAUAUUGUGUUUAUCUAUGUGUCUGAUAAUUCUGCUCUUUAUGAUAGUUUCAACCAAUUUGCCUGGUACAGAAGUCAGGCUUACUGGCCUCUAAUUGCCAGGAUCGCCUCUGGAACCUUUCUUUAAAAAUAGGCAUUACAUUAGCUACCCUCCAGUCACCUGGUACAGAGGCUGAUUUAAAUGAUAGGUUACACACCAGUUAGUUCUGCGAUUUAAUAUUUGAGUUCCUUUAGAAGUUUUGGGUGAAUACCAUCUGGUGAUGUAUUACUGUUUAAUUUACCAAUUCAUUCCAAAACCUCCUCUACUGACAUCUCAAUCUGGGACACGUCCUCAGAUUUGUCACCUAGAAAGAAUGGCUCAGGUGUGGGAAUCUCCCCCACAUCCUCUGCAAUGAAGACUGAUGCAAAUAAUUCAUUUAGCUUCUCAGCAACAGCUUUGUCUUCCUGGAGCGCUCCUUUGGCCCCUUUUCCACCCAGUAGCCCUGCUUACUGUUUGGCAGGCUUCCUGCUUCUGAGAGACUUAAAAAACAUUUUGCUGUUACUUUUUGUGUCCUUAGAUAGAUGCUCUUCAAAUUCUUUCUUAGCCUGCUUUAUUACACUUUUACAUUUGACUUGCCAGAAUUUAUGUUCCUUUAUAUUUUCCUCAGUAGGAUUUGGUUUCCAAUUUUUAAAGGAUGCUUUUUUGCCUUUAAGUGCCUCUUUCACGCUGCAUCUUUGGUCUUCUUACUGUUUGUUUGUUUGUAAUUGUGGAGUAUCCAUUUAGUUUGAGCCUCUAAUAUGGUGUUUUUAAAUAGUCUCCAUGCAAUUUCCAGGCAUUUCACCCUUGUGACUGCUUCUUUUAAUUUCCAUUUAAAUUGCUUUUUUAUUUUUGUAUAGUUCAGGGAAUUUAAGCUAUGCACAUUGAUAACCAACACCACUAUAUACUCACAUUGCUGCAACCCUUCUCUCUUCCCCCAGUAUUCAGUACCUUCCCUUGUGAAGUCUUGAUAAAGGGCCCAAUCCUGCAAACCUGUGUUCAUGGGGUUAUUUAUGGGAAUAAGGGGGUUGCAGAAGUGGCCCCUUUGCACCCAAUUCUAUUCCCAUUUCAGUCAGUAGGAAAGUUCCCACUGACUUCAGUAAGAGCAUGAUUGGGCCCUGGGGGUGCUACUACAUGGCCAGAAAGGGUUAAUCUCUGCUACCUUGCUGUACGCUACCUUUAAUGCAGUGACUGCAGAUUUUUACACAGAUGUAGAUUUGGCCUUUGGUCUCCUUUUUGCAUGGAAGGCAUCAUGUACCCUAUGUCAGCAUGUAAAUAACAAUAAAAUCCUGCCUGGCUAUGUGAGGUUUCCACAUCCACACCUCUGGCAAAUAAGGUUUGAGUUUAACCCUGUAAUGAUGGCUGUGAUGAUCUAUACAUUCCUGUGACUACCUUGUGCCAUCCAGAUCUGGCUUCCUACUCCAUUUUCUACCAAUCCAACUCAGGCCUGCAGAGCAAGGGUGAAUAGCAUCACAAGAGGCAGUAAUGUAUCUGCAGCUGAAACCACAGAAGCAAACCAGGAAAUGCAGCAUUUGCUUAUUUCUCAAACCCUAUUCUGAACUGGUACAGCUAGGAGCACAAUUUAUGAUGCUAAUUAUCAGGCAUUUCCAUUCUGUUGGGGUGUUCUUUAUUCACAAUGAUCUGGAAAAGUUCAGGAUGUUUAUGUGUCACUAGGUAGCAUCAAACGAUGCUUGGAUGAGUUAUUAGUGGAGAGAGAUGUGCCUAAAGUGAUCCCAGAUCUAUUUCCUCCUCCUUAAAACUCUCCUCUGCUGUCAGCUUAUGACCAGCUAGCAGUGAGUAGGCAGGUGGUGCGAUGAGACUGCUGCUUAUCAUGGAUAACUUCUUGCUCAUGUCACAGUUACUUCAUCUUCCCUCUUUUCCCCACCUCUACUCCCUAUUUGUUUAUCUCAUCUACCUGUUGGUUCUGAUUACCAAGACUACUAGCUCGUCGUGGCUGACCUUUUAUUGUAUGCCUAUGCAGCGCCUAGCAUAAUGAGGCCUUGAUUCUUGAUUGGUUCCCCUGGAUGGUAAUAGAAUAUAGAUAAUACAGGUGAUGACAUCAUAAUACCCUGAGUGACAUCACCCCUGAAGCAAUGAUGUCACAUUGCAGAAGCAAGCACUUCUUUAUCAAGAUUCCACGGCAGAAAAGCUCUGUGCCAACCUACUCAGCAAGGUGUUCCUCCCAGUGGCUUUCUAGGAGUAAGUCACAAGCCCACUAUGGGAUCGGGGCUGAAUUUUGGGAUGGGAAAUAGUGAAGAUCCUGUAUAGGCUACACAUGCCAUACAAUGGAGGCGGGAAAGCCCUGGUAGGGGCUAUUUGGGAUCAAGCCCAAAAAGGAGGGGUUGGGGGAAGGCUGUUUAGAAGGGAGAUAGGUCCCCUGGUGAUGUUGGCCUUGACUGGAGUGAUGAAAUGGUUCAGAUUUCGGGAUAAAUUGCUACAUACACCUUGUCUUGUGUUCACCCUCCUCCUUUUUCCGCAGAGGAAGUGAGCUGAGCAGUGCCUGCAGAGAGAAUGCUUCGUUUGAUCAGGACUAGACUGAGUGCCAGCUGGUGGAGGCAACUUUGGGCACAAGCUCUGGCUACGCCCCACUUCAGACUGACAUCGCCUCCAUACUAUAUAACACAUCAAAAAGGGAGAUACUCAAAUAAAGCGAACAAGGAAUCCACAUCCUUUGUCAUGAACCUGUUCAACGGGAAGCUUAUACCUGACAAUGUUUUUCCUUUUCCCGCAGUGCUCUCAAUGGAGCAGAUGCAGUUCCUGCAAGCCCUGGUAGAUCCCUGCACCCGCUUCUUCAAGGAGGUCAAUGAUCCUGUGGAGAACGAGAAGCUGGAGAGCAUUGAGAAGACCACCCUGGCAGGGCUGAAGGAGAUGGGAGCCUUUGGGCUGCAGGUGCCUGAGGAGCUGGGGGGAGUUGGGCUGACAAACACCCAGUAUGCUCGGAUGGUGGAGGUGGUUGGAGUGCACGACCUUGGUGUGGGCAUAAGCCUUGGUGCUCAUCAGUCAAUCGGCUUUAAGGGAAUCCUGCUCUUCGGGACCCAGAGUCAGAAGGAGAAAUACCUGCCCAAGCUAGCAUCUGGAGAGACCAUCGCUGCCUUCUGCCUAACGGAGCCGUCUAGUGGCUCAGACGCAGCAUCUAUUAAAACCCUCGCAGAGCUCAGCGAGUGUGGGAAAUUCUACACGCUGAACGGCGGGAAAAUAUGGAUCAGUAAUGGAGGGAUAGCUGAGAUCUUCACAGUGUUCGCCAAGACCCCGGUAAAGCAGCCAACAGGGGAAGUGAAGGACAAAAUCUCAGCCUUCAUUGUGGAGAGAGCGUUUGGGGGCGUGACCAGUGGCCCCCCGGAGAAGAAGAUGGGGAUCAAGUGCUCCAAUACAGCUGAAGUGCACUUUGAUAAUGUGAAGGUGCCAGCAGAAAAUCUGCUCGGGGAGCUUGGAAAAGGCUUCCUGGUCGCCAUGAACAUACUGAACAAUGGGCGCUUUGGGAUGGCCUCCGCCCUGGCAGGCACCAUGCGUGGAGUGAUUGUCAAAGCCGUUGAUCAUGCUGCUAAUCGUAAGCAGUUUGGAGACAAGAUCAGCAACUAUGGGGCUAUUCAGGAGAAAGUUGCACGGAUGGCCAUGCUGCACUAUGUUACGGAGUCGAUGGCCUACGUGGUGAGCGCCAACAUGGACAUGAAGGUGCCCGAUUACAUGCUCGAAGCUGCAAUCAGCAAGAUUUUUGCCUCAGAAGCAGCCUGGCACGUCACAGAUGAGUGCAUCCAGGUCCUUGGAGGAAUGGGAUACAUGCAGGAAGCUGGUGUCGAAAGAGUCUUGAGGGACCUGAGGAUUUUCCGCAUUUUUGAGGGCACCAAUGAUAUCCUUCGCUUGUUUGUGGCACUGACGGGCAUUGAGUAUGCUGGGGUCCAGUUAAAGAAUCUGCGAACAACUGUCAUGAAUCCAUCAGGGAAAACUGAGACCAUCCUAAAAGAUAUUGGGAUGAGAGCAAAGCGUAAAGUUGGGAUUCCCACUGGCUUGUCUCUGGAGGGAAUCGUUCACCCAGGCCUAGACAACAGUGCAUACCUGGUGACGAGGGCCAUUGACCUGUUUGGUGAAGCUAUUGAGAGCCUCCUGCUGAAGUACGGCGAGAAGGUGAUAGACGAACAGUUUCAUCUGAAACGCGUGGCCGACGCUGCCAUUGACAUCUAUGGCAUGGCUGUGGUGAUCUCCAGGGCCAGCCGCUCUCUGUCUCUGGGACAACCCACCGCUGAGCACGAGAAGCUCUUGUGUCAAACGUGGAGCCACGAGGCAUUUGAGCGAGUGAGAGAGAAUCUCCGAGCAGUGAAAUCGUCUACGUGGAAUCAGUCCUUUGCUAACAUGAAGCUAAUAUCUAAUGCUGUUGUACGGAACCAAGGGAUCCUAGCCGCACACCCACUGGGCUUCUGAACAGAAAUGCUGCUUUGGUUGACAAUGAGCAAAAGCUACAAAUCAAUCCUAUUAUAUAGAGAAAUAUUACAUGACACACAGUUGGCUUCUGUCUCUGAGAAAAGCCAACACUGUGCCACGGCGUCACUGCAUGUGGGCUGCAGCGAGGGGCCGUGCGUCUGUCCCGCUUUCUGAGAACCCUGAGCACAUGGACAUAAAGGCCCCCCACUGUGGGUUGUUGGGGCAGCCUGCAUGCAUAGCAGCUCCCCGCCACUCCUCCAUCCUGGUCAAGGAGAUUAAUUUGGGCCACAUGGGUUCCAGCUGAGGGCAGGUUUUAACUGCCUCUUGCCUGGACUCUUCUAGCCUGCUCCAGGGGUCCCGCUGAGGCCUUUGCUGAGGGAUAGAGAAGGUCACCCCAAGAUGCACUGAGCCAAGGCUGCUAGGUCCCCCCAUUGUGUCCGUGGUUCUCUGGGUGAAGGGGAGAGGAUCCUGGCUAAGUCAGUGCACACAGACUCCUGGCCAUCUCCCGGUCUUCUGCCUCGUGCAUCACCGAGGGCUGCUGUAGGGUGAGCCUGGGGCUGUUGUGAUCUUUGGCCGAGGGUUUUACUGACCCUGGCGCAGUGGACUGUGAGCUUCUCGCUGUCUUUACAUGCCACGUGAGGUGAGCUCUGGUUUGGUGGGCUGGGAUCUGGCUGCGGGAGGUGCCUUCUCCAGCCAGGGCUGCGUGCAGCGUGGGCCUGCACGGGCAUGCUGGCUUUGGGGGUCAGUCUUGGUGACCGUCUCUCAGGGAGAUGCUGCCAGCUGCCUGCAGCUCAUGCAGAGAUUAGAUUCUGCCUGCUUGUGGGCUGGCGUCAAGGGGAGAGUCCGGGCAAGCAGCCCUCAUCCCUGUGAACUCGGGGACUACCUUGGCAGGGCCAGCUCAGGUCGUGUGUAGUGGAUGUGGGCCCCGGGGCUGGAAACGAAGGGGCUCGUGUUCUGGGAGGCCACGUUCUCCAGUGUCUGGUGGGCACAUCCCUGCAGCUGUCAGCCUGCAGGCCUUAGGGGCACAGCCCAGUGACUCUCUGAGGCACACGUCCCUUGGGGCAUGUGCACUGGGGUUUGCUCACAGAGGGCUGCAUGGUAUCAGCGGUGGUAACGUUGUUGAGCACUGCUAAGAGGCUGCUGCAUUUCCAUGAUGGCUGGGGCAAGCCCUGCUUCUGAUGUGUGUUGAGGGCUUGGUCCUCUUUGGCUGAGGUGAGCUGUGCACCCAGGCCCAGGUGCCGGGAGCAGCUGGGGCCCUGGUGAUCUAAUUCAGCAGAGCUGAUUUAGGUCAGAUACUAAUUAAAAUACUUCAUGAAUACUACCAUUAGAGAGACAGGGUGGGUGAGGUAUGUCUUUUACCUUCAUUAGCGCUGUGUGGUUCCAGAGCUUGCCUCUCUCUCCAACAGACAUUGGUCCAAUAAAAGAUAGUCCAUCCCGCA